AUGACAAUGUAUGAGGAAGGACAAACAUGGUGGCUCCCAUCAUUCUUCACAAAAAGACAAAACAAAAACAAACGCGUUAACGAUUUUUGUAAGAAGCUUCAACGAAAAAAUCACAGAAAGAGACUGCAAAAAUUCAACGCGUUAACUUUAGAAUUCCUUUCUCCAUAAAGUCAGGCCACUCCCUUACUUGCCCUAAUAACAAUUAUCUCUCACUUCCAGGAAUUCAGUGGGACUCAGUUUGCUUUCUGAUUUCCUGAAUAAAUGUAUUCGCCUGUCUUCAACAUUCUCCGCCGUAUCCUCCGGUUUGUCAAAGAACCGGACCGGAUCAUGUCCGGCAUGUCCGACGGUAUGACCGUGUCUCACCCAACAGCCCUUAUCGGACCUUCCGUACCAGCGUCCGACGCCAUCAUCCAUCGCACCUCUUCUUUAUCUAAUGCAUACGAUGUAUUUGUCAGCUUCCGUGAUGAAGACACGCGCUACAACUUCACUAGUUUUCUCUUUGGAGCUCUCCGUCGACAAGGCAUUCUUGCCUUCAAAGAUGACCAAUGUAUCAGAAAAGGUGAUUUCAUAGCACCCGAGUUUCUACAAGCCAUUCAGGGCUCUCAAGUUUUCCUUGUUGUCUUAUCAAAGAAUUAUGCUUCCUCCACUUGGUGCUUGCGUGAACUGGUAGAGAUACUUAAUUGCUGUGAAACUUCAACAAGACCUGUUAUACCUAUAUUUUAUGAUGUUGAGCCUACGACGGUGCGCAACCAGAAAGGAUGUUAUGAGAGAGCAUUUGCAGAACACGAAAAUAGAUUCAGAGAAGAUAAGGUAAAGAUGGAGGAAGUUCAAAGAUGGAAAGAAGCUUUCAGAAAAGUAGCCGAUAUCUCUGGUUCGGAAAUCGCAAAUAAGCCACAAAAUGAACAGAUUGAAAAAAUUGUUCAAGAGAUAAUAAAUAAUUUGAGACCAAAAAUUUUAAAUCUUUCAAGGGAUAAACUUGUUGGGAUAGAGGAUUGAGUUCAAGACUUAGGAAAUAUUUUGCGUUUCGACAUUCUUAAUGAUGUUCGAGUUGUCGGGAUAAGUGGGAUG